AUGCCCAGUUGCUCAGUAUCGCUCCGUCGACUCACAGCAUUGUGGGACACAAAGAUGGCAGCCGCAGCAGUUUUGUCGAUGGUGCGGCAGGCGCAUCAACAGAUAUCUUGCAUGCCAGGCUUCGGUCAAGUAAGGAGUUAUUACGUGGACUGGAGGAUGCUCCGUGAUGUCAAGAGGAGAAGAAUGGCCUUUGAGUAUGCAGACCAGAGACUACGGCUGAAUGCCCUUCGGAAAAACAAAAUUUUGCCUAAAGAACUACAGGAAGUGGCCAGUAAAGAGAUUGCUGCUUUGCCCCGUGACAGCUGCCCUGUGAGGAUACGCAACAGGUGUGUCCUGACGUCCCGUCCACGAGGCGUGGUGUGGCGAUGGAGGCUCAGCCGAAUUGUCUUCCGUCACCUGGCUGACCAUGCCCAGCUCUCUGGAGUGCAGAGAGCAAUUUGGUGAGCUGCAAAUAAUGGUUUUCGUUGGAGAAGACAAAACUGAGACCCAUUUGAACUCCUACAAUCGGUAGUUUGAAGGCUACAAAGAGGAGAAGUACAAAUUGGCGCAUAACUGCUGCACGGAAAAGUACUUGUUUGAUUAUUUUCAAGAUUUACAAUCCAAUAUUUAUCAUAAAGGUGACACAAAAAACUAACCGCAUAUUUGGUUCAAUGUAAUGUUGUAACAUCGUAAUGUAUUACAGGUAAUGUGCUGUAACAAACCUAAAAAAGGAGUAUCACAUGCGUUCAAAUAAACUUUCAUAUGAUAUUCAGAUAA